AUGUAAAUAAUACGUAAUAGGAUAUCGUAUCAUAUUCCACGUUUUGGAUUUAAAUAUCUUUAUGACACUACAUUUCUCAAUGAAGAACAUCAACAAAUACAAAAGGUGGCAUUGGAUUUUGCAAAAGAAAAUAUGCUACCAUAUGCAUCUGAUUGGGAUAAAAAUAAUUAUCUUCCCAGAGAGGUCCUAAAAGAAUUAAGUGAUAUGGGAUUUGCAACUAUCUAUGUAAAAUAAGAAUUAGGUACAUAGAUAUUUCAUGAUUACAGGUGGAGUUGGACUGGAUCACCUCUCAGCUAGUGUUAUAUUUGAGGCCCUAUCCUAUGGGGAUAUCACUACAACGGCAACUUUGGCAGUGUAAAAUCUUUGCGCCUAUUUAUUGGCUAAUUACGGGACAGAGGACCAGAGGAAAACUUGGAUACCUAGAAUAAAUAGUUUUGAGGCUUUAGUUGCAUAUUGUUUGACAGAACCUAAUAGUGGGAGUGACAGCAAGAAUAUGGAGACAUAUGCUAAGAAGGUAUAUGAUAUAGAAUAUUGAGAGGACGGUAAAGAUUACAUUAUAAAUGGAAUAAAAUGUUUUAUAUCUGGAGGGUCUGUGAGUGACCUAUAUUUGAUAGUUUGUAGGACAUCAGAGAAGGAUGUUUCAAGCAUUCUAGUUGAGAAAGAUACACCUGGACUGUCUUUCGGUAAAGUGGAGGAUAAAAUGGGUUGGCAUGCUUCCCCAACAACUAGAGUUAUUUUAGAGAAUGUCAGAGUACCGUAGAGUAACUUAGUAGGGAAGGAAGGUUAGGGUUUCAAAAUGGGGAUGAGUGCAUUGGAUGGAGGUAGAAUCAAUAUUUCAUCAUGUUCUCUAGGAGGAGCUUCAUUAGCUUUAGAUCUUUCUAGGGAUUAUUUAUAAGGUUAAAUUAUAAUUUAAUAAUAAAAGAUCGCAAAUAAUUUGGAUAGUAACUUUCUAGUUUUUAAGGAUUAUAGUUUAAAUUAGCUGAUAUGGCAGCGAGUUUAGUAACAUCUAGAUUGAUCGUGAGAUAAGCUGCCAUGAAACUAGAUUAAAAUCAGAUUGAUAAGAGUUUAUAUGUGAGUAUGGCCAAAAGGUAUGCUACGGAUAGUUGUUUCGAUGUGGCCAAUGAUGCAUUGUAAUUACAUGGAGGAUAUGGAUAUUUAAGGGAAUAUUAGAUAGAAAGGUAUAAUGUUGAUGAAUGGAUAAUGGUAGGGUUGUGAGAGAUUUGAGAGUUCAUAAGAUAUUGGAGGGGACGAAUGAGAUAAUGAGAAUGAUUAUAGCGAGAAAUCUAUUAAAAUGA